ACCGAAACCUCAACAAUUGCUCAGUGUGUUAGAGUCAUGCCAAUGCGGUCGCUAAAAAUAUUGAAAUUACGAAUUCACCCAUCCUUCAUUUCCGUGUUUCCGAACUUCCUUAAAGGUUAAAUCGGGUAUUAAGUCUGAAACCCUAACUAUCUUGUUUCCAUUCUGUACACUCCUCCAUUUCUGAAAACCCUACAGUCCCUUUCUCCUCCAUCAAAGAGCAAGCCCAACAAUGCCGCCCAAGUUUGACCCAACCCAAGUCGUCGACGUGUUCGUCCGGGUCACCGGCGGCGAAGUUGGCGCAGCAAGUUCCCUCGCUCCAAAGAUUGGUCCACUCGGUCUCUCUCCCAAAAAGAUCGGUGAAGAUAUCGCCAAAGAAACGGCCAAGGACUGGAAGGGUCUCCGUGUCACCGUCAAGCUCACCGUCCAGAACCGGCAGGCAAAAGUCACUGUGGUCCCUUCGGCGGCGGCGCUUGUAAUCAAGGCGUUGAAGGAGCCGGAGAGGGAUAGGAAGAAGACCAAGAACAUCAAACAUAACGGCAGCAUCAGCCUCGAUGACGUUAUUGAGAUUGCUAAAGUAAUGAGGCCGAGGUCGAUGGCUAAGGAUUUGAAAGGAACGGUGAAGGAGAUCUUGGGCACGUGUGUUUCUGUUGGGUGUACGGUUGAUGGGAAAGACCCUAAGGAUUUGCAGCUGGAGAUUGAUGAUGGCGAUGUUGAUGUUCCUCUGGAGUGACAAAGCUUGUUUUCUUAUUUUUAAGUUUUAGUUUUGUUUAGUUUCGAGGUUUUGGAUAAUUGAUAUUUUCGUCAGAUAUUGUUUUUGAGGUUAAUUUAGAUGAUUUUAACAAUGGUUGAUCCUUCAAUGGUUAUAAAUGUUAUGUUUAUUUAUAUUGGUUUUUUUUUUUUUUUGCUUAUUGUAUUGUCUUCAAAGUGCAGGCUUUGGUACUGUUUCUGAUUGGUAAGUAAGAAAUGAAUGGAAAAUGUUGCAUGUUAGUUGAGUUUUAGUUGUUGAAUGUGUUUUAGGAAGUCAAUAACAUCGGUCUGCUGGUAAUGUAUGUGUUUUUUGAUCUUAUAUUUUAAGAUUGACAUAUCUUUGAAUGGUACCUUUUGGAUGCUGAGGCUAAGAAUUGUGAGUUGCAUGGUCUUUUUGGAGGUUGAUUUUAUGAUGAAUCCUAAACUUGUAGAUUCUGUCUUUGAUGGUGCCAAGGAAUCACUUACUUUCUUAGUUGUAGCAUUCUGACUUAGUUUCUUUAUAGAAAUUUGAGAGUAGCUCAUUCUUUUUCUGUUAUUGUUGGCAGCAGUCAGCACUUCUUGAUAUGUUCAACUCUUGUUUUAUCUGUCUAGCUAAAGUUCUGCUUCAUUGCUAAAUGUUGAUUCGUGAUACUGUUUCUUUGCUUCGUGCUUUGUUCUUUAAUUUUCAUAUGUAUAACAGUGUUUUUCUUGAUUCAUGUAUCGUCGGAAAUUUUGAUGGAUGCAUAUUAUGUGCUGGCAUAUGGUUCCAUACAUGCCCAAGGAAAGGCUUUCUUUUGUGUUAUAUACAGUUCGAAUGAGAUUUAGGCCUUUCUCUUUUCUAGUCAUUUUCUCCUCUACUUCCUAUUUAUUCUGUUACUAUUGAAUUGAGAUUGCAGCAUUGUGCAUGAUAAAGUGUUUUCUGCGUUAAACUAUCAUGUAACUUGUUAGAAGUUACCACUAUUUGUUCUGACGUCAUGAUUAACUUCAGCGUUUCAGGUUUUUCAUUGUGGCAUGACAUUGUACAUUAAUUGCAUGGUGCUUUUAAUAAGCAAGAGGAUGUAGGCUGUUGAUGUUACUUAAUUCUGAAUGACCAUAGCAUGGGUAUGUAUGAUGCUCUGCUUUAACAUAGGAGAAUAACAGUAGUCGUAACUAGAUGUUAAGUGACCAAAAACCAUGUUACUCUGCAGAGUAGGUUUUAGGUAGGGCAAACUGGCCAAGUAUUGAACCUUAGGUUAGGGUAGGAUCUUUUAUUGAAUUUGCCCACAGUCCAUAGAUGAUACAACAACUCCCUUUCUGCCCGCCUAUCCGUGUUUCUCUGUUUUUGUGUUCUGAGCCAUUCAGAAAGCUUGGCAUUUUUAGCUUGGGUCUGAUUAUUUCUUUUGGAUUAAUUGUUUAUAAUCGAUCAAUCUUUGACUUGGUACGGCUUCUGCAUUUGGAUGGACUAGCUGAAUAUAUCUGAGAGUGUUCCACUGAUGAAGUUCUUCCCCCUUCUGUUAGGUAUCAUCUAAAUGUGUGGAUCUUUUGAAACGUUUCACUUUUAAAGGAAAGGGAUUUUGUAGUCACCAAAAAUUCCCCACGUAUUAAUCUUUUUCUGCCUCUUGCAGUUGGUACCGACUUUGAUUUCCCUCAGGCUUGUUGAUGCACCUGUAUAUCCUAUUGUAUUAAUCACGACGGUAAGAGAGCUCAGGCACUUGAUGAAGCCUCGGAUUGAGGCAGCCCCAUCCCUCAUCAGUUUCCCGUUGAGGCCUUCCAACACUCCAAAGCUAGAUACGAUAAGAGAAGAGCGAGCAGAGCAAUACGAGGAUGAUGAAGAUGACAAUGACGGUCAGUAUGAGCCUUUUGGGUAUGGCAAGUUUCAGUGGUUGGGAUUGGCGUCCUGGUUCUGGAAAUUAAUGAACUUAAAGAGACGUCAAAUGAAGCAUUGGUCAAUGUCCCGUGGGUGUUGAAAAUCAUCUACCAUGUUCAUCUUCUUGGUAUAAUAGUAUCAGUUCUUUUGGUGUAAACUUAUUAUUCUACUUGUACUUGUAUAUUGAUGUAUAAUAUUCAUGCAUAAAGCAAAGCAAACCAUGCAAAAGUCACCAGCUAAU